AUGACAUUCGCCAUGCUGCGCACGGCACCUCCCGCAGGCCGCUUCUUGUACGGCGACAUUGCCCUCCUCUCUGAAGAUGAUGAGGAGAACGGGAGUGAGGGUUCAGGCUCAGAGGACCGUAACUCCUCCAACUUUCGCCUGUCCUCCUCAUCCCCAUCUGCCUUUCACAUCAAGAUGAACAGGAAGAGGAAGCUGUGCGGGCUUGGAAUGGGCGGAGGUUGCGGAGGUAUAGGGGACAUUAUGGGGAGGAUCGGCCCCCCGGGCUCAUCUGGCGUUGGUGAGGUCCGCCAGAGGACCGCAGCCAAUGCUCGUGAGAGAGAUCGCACCAAUUCUGUCAAUACAGCAUUCACAGCACUGCGUACGCUCAUCCCCACCGAGCCUGCAGACAGGAAGCUGUCAAAGAUUGAGACACUACGUCUGGCCAGCAGCUACAUCAGUCAUCUGGGGAACGUCUUGCUCCUGGGUGAGGGGCUUCAUGACGGACAACCCUGCCACACCCCCUCACCACCGUUCUUCCACGUUAACUCCUCCCCACCCCGAGGAUCUGACCAAUCACCUCAGCCCAAGCACAUCUGUACUUUCUGCCUCAGCAACCAGAGGAAAAUGAAUAAAGACAGAGACAGGAAGUCAGCCAUCAGAAGCUAACAACGCGGAUACACACCACAUGGAGAAAAUGCUCGUCACUUCAACAUCGCUGGCAGUUUUUUUUUUUUUUAAAUACUGCAGCUUGAAGACUUAUCAGACUUGUGAUGCGUUUCAGAGACUUUUGAUGGACUUCUUCAGCACUUCCAGGACUUUUAAAAUAAACUUUAAAAAGCAAUUCUUUGUGUAGACUUUUUACAGUGCUUUACAGGAACUUUUUAAGGGUACUUUUAAGGGGCUUUCUCAUGUUUAUCAAGACCAUGAAGAACCUUUAUACCAACACUUAUAAGGGGCUUUUUACUGUAUUGUUCCAAGACUCAACAACGGUUUAUUCAGAGUCUAAAGAGCUUAUGGCACAUAAUCGAAAAACACAAAAACCUAUGAAAGACAAAUUUGUAUUCAUCAAAAGCUGUGUGUUAUUAAUGUGU